AUGGAGGGACUCCUUCGCGGCUCGAGGCGGGCACGCCGCGUUGCUCAAAAUUCUGGACCAGCAAGGACACCAGAAGUCCACAGCACGCCGGACCACCAACUCCCGCCGAGCUCUGUGUCAGAUCAGCAGGUGCAUGCGGCCCAGAGGUUAUUGAUGAACUACUAUACGGAGCGAAGGUCGCCAUCCAAUUCCAGGGGGACGCCAACGACUCAUACGCCGCAGCAAGGCUUCGACAGGGACGACGAAAGCCCUUCGGUACAGCCCAACUUAAGACACGCCGCCAUGGAGACGCCUGACCUGAGGCAUCCAGCGGCUCGCUCACCGGCGGAGACACCGGCGGAGGCUGACGAUUUCACUAGCCCUGAGGAAGACGGUGAUGAUCACUUUGAUGAUCAUGAGGAGUACACGGAAGGCCCGGUCGACGAGCAGAUUGAGGAUCAAAUAGAAGAAGACGAUCAAGAAGGCGAUAUGGCGAUGCCCUUUGACCCAAGCGCCAUGGGCCUGAAAGAGAUCUCCAAUUUGGGUAAGUUCACUGUGAGCAGCCACAAGCCGGGAAAUGGAGUGGAUGAGAUGCGCAGCGAUGAUACGGACGAGUACUGGCAAUCCGACGGACCCCAGCCUCAUAGGAUGACUGUCUAUUUCGUCAAGCGCGUUGGCAUUCGCGACAUCCGCUUCUACGUCGACUACCAGGCCGACGAAUCCUACACGCCGACCAAGAUUCUUUUCAAAUCUGGCACGAGCGAGAACAACCUCAUCGAGUUCGCCGUCAUGGAGCUCACGACGCCCUCUGGAUGGCAGCAGGUUCCCAUCGCGGGCACGGGUGGAGGGCCAGACGGCAACACCCUCGCCUGCUAUGUGUUUCAGAUGCAGAUUCUGGAGAACCACCAGAACGGCAAGGACACGCAUCUGCGCGGCAUUAAGAUCUACGCUGCCGACACGGACGCCCGCGCCUCGGUGGAGGCGGGCAGCAAUCCCAUGGCGGAAAUGGUUGAGAUGAUCGACAAGACGGCGCUGCGCGGUGAAGACGAAGAGUUUGUCGAAGAGGACUCGGAUCAAAGGAUCCGCCGACUGGAGAGGCGGCUGCGGGCGAAGCGCUGGGACCCGAACGAGGGGGGCAUGAGCGAACCAGACUUUAUGAAGGAGCCUGAAAUCCGAUGA